AUGGCACGAUCCCUAACUUUAGUCUUGUGUGUUGCCGCUGUUGCAGCACAAUUUAAUUUCAAGCACACACAGUAUGAAACAAGUCCUCCCGUUUAUCCCUCGCCUCGGACUUGUGGAGCAGGCGGAUGGGAUGUAGCUUUUAAAAAGGCCCAAGAAUUUGUGGCGGAGCUGACGAUAGAAGAAAAGGCUGAGAUACUCACAGGUACAUCUGGUCCGUGUGUUGGCAAUAUUGCGCCGAUCGAAAGACUUAAUUUCAGAGGUCUUUGCCUGCACGACGGACCUCUUGCCGUCCGACAGGCAAUUGAUGUAUCAGUGUUCCCCGCUGGAGUCUCAGCUGCAGCUUCUUGGGAUCGUGCGUUGGUCCGUCAACGUGGAGAAUAUAUGGGUGCAGAAUUCAAGAGUAAAGGUACCCAUGUAGCUCUAGGUCCCGUUAUUGGUGCACUAGGUCGAUCGCCAUUUGGUGGACGCAAUUGGGAGGGAUUCAGCCCAGAUGCUUACCUCUCCGGCGUUCUUGUCGAAGAGACUAUCCAUGGGAUUCAGAGUGCUGGCGUUCAGGCGUGUACAAAACAUUAUAUUGUCAACGAACAAGAGAUCCAAAGAAACCCUUCUUUCGUCAACGGUCUCAAGGUCGAGGCUGUCAGCUCCAACGUAGACGACAAAACCAUGCAUGAGACGUAUCUUUGGCCUUUUGCCAACGCAGUCCGAGCAGGUACAUCUGCUGUGAUGUGCUCGUACCAGCGCAUAAACGGUAGUUAUGGGUGCCAGAAUAGCAAGACUCUGAAUGGACUACUAAAAGGAGAGCUCGGCUUCCAAGGUUAUGUGAUGAGUGAUUGGCUGGCGACACAUUCUGGUGUGAGCUCAAUCGAAGCGGGGCUAGACAUGAAUAUGCCAGGUGGUAUCGCUUUUCCAAAUUCAAACUCAUCGUUCUGGGGUCAUAAUAUCACUAUCUCCAUAAAAAACGGAUCGCUCUUGGAAGAAAGAGUCAAUGACAUGGUCCUUCGGGUAAUGACUCCGUAUUUUCAUUUAAGCCAAGACACCAAGUUUCCUCCAAUCGAUGGAUACACUCCAAGACUCGGAUUUUUUGAUUCUUCUGGAUAUUCUCACAACUAUACGCUUGGUCCAACCGUGGAUGUCCGUAGUCAGCAGCAUGUGCAGCUGAUUCGGGACCUAGGCGCAUCCGGAACAGUAUUGUUGAAGAAUACCAACGGAACUCUGCCUUUGAAGACGCCUGGCAGCAUUGGCAUCUUCGGUAAUGACGCAGCAGACCUUACAAAAGGACAGUACUCGCUAUCUACCACCGGAUUAAAUUUUAUAGACGGCAAUUACGAUAUUGGCACACUUGCAGUUGGUGGCGGCUCUGGAACCGGUCGCUUCUCACGUCUAGUGUCACCUCUAGAAGCUAUAAAGUCUCGUGGAAAUAUGCAUGGAGCCAAUGUGCAGUACGUUGUUGACAACGAAUUCAUUAUCCAAGGAGGUCUUGCUAGUCUGGGUCCUGCACAACCAGACGUUUGCAUAGUUUUCCUAAAGUCGUGGGCUAGCGAAGGCGAUGAUCGUACUACAUUGGUUGCAGAGUGGAACUCUACAGCUGUUGUUGACCGCAUAACAGCCAUAUGUAACAACACUGUUGUGGUGCUCCAUGGCGCAGCACCAAACACCAUGCCUUGGCGUACCAACCCGAACGUAACAGCUAUACUAGCCGCGCAUAUGCCAGGCCAAGAAUCUGGAAUCUCCGUAGCUGACAUUCUGUGGGGCGAUGUGAAUCCUUCCGGUAGGCUACCCUACACGAUAGCCGACGAAGAGACGGACUAUACGAAGAAUCUGAUCAAUAGCACCGAGCUGGCCUCUACUACUGACCCUGAUGCAUGGCAAGCGGACUUCGUCGAAGGUAACUUGAUCGACUACAAGGAGUUUGAUGCGCACAACGCGAGCGUAGCAUUCGAGUUCGGUUUUGGACUAAGCUAUACUACGUUCGACAUCUCUUGCCUGGAGAUCAAGGUCGGCGCAAGUAACAUCUCGAGAACACCCGAUCCAGCUGCCCCAAUUCAGCCAGGCGGUAAUUCAGAGCUAUGGGCCAUUAUUGCUACUGUCAGCGCGACCGUCUCCAACUCCGGCUCGGUUGCUGGUGCUACAGUACCUCAGCUAUACCUCUCGUAUCCUGAGGAAUCGAAUGCGCCUGUACGUAAUCUGCGGGGCUUCGAGAAGAUUGCCCUCGAUGCUGGUGCUUCUGAAACUGUACAUUUCCUCUUGACGCGACGCGACUUGAGCUACUGGGAGACAACUGCGCAAGCAUGGACUCUACCCGCUGGUGAGAUCAUUGUGCAUGUCGGAUUCAGCUCCAGGAAUCUUCCACUACAGGGCAAAAUGACUGUUCCCAUACUUUCACGCACGGAUUGA